UUCCAUGAACCCCAAACAUGAUGCUGACGUCGAUCACAGCUUAUCUUUAAUCCAACUUACUUCAUGACCAGGACCCUCAUAUGCAAUGCAAAUUCUCGCGCCAUUACUCCUGUGUGGACAUUUUAUAUGCGUACUAUGUCGUAUGAAUAGCCAACGGCUGGGCCGGAGGGGCAGGAGCUCAGGAUGAAAUUAAAUCUGCGAUAUUCUGUAUUCAUAUUGCUGUGUAGGUGACUGCGUGGGACAUAGGCAGUUAUACAACGUUUGAACGACAACAUAGACGCAACAAGAUGGUACAGAACUUCGACAAAAUCUUCAACUCAAUCGGACAGUGCGGCCGGUACCAGAUCUUUCUCUACUUUCUGCUAGGUCUGGUUGCGUUUAUAUCGGGCUGGCUGAAUUUGGUGAUAAUUUUCGUAGCUGGGAACCAGGACCAUUGGUGCCGGAUCCCCGAACUUGCAAAUUACAGUUUCGCUGACCAGAAAACCAUAGCAAUACCCGCGAUAGUUGGAGGAAGCUACAGCCAUUGUAAGAAGUAUGAUUUCAACUAUACGGUAUAUUCUGUGGAGGAAAUUUUGUCUUGGAACCGGAGUUCUGGAAAUGAGGUAAUCAACAGUACGGAUGUGGUAGAGUGCGGUAAAGAUGGAUGGACUUAUGAUACGACUUGGUGGCUGUCGACAAUCGUGGAACAGUUUGACCUUGUUUGCAAGAGAGAAUGGAUAGUUGCUAUUACAACCACUGUCUUUAUGACAGGAAUGCUGGUGGGAUGUGUCGGAUUCGGAGCAUUAGCUGACAAAUUCGGUCGACAUAAAGUGCUUUUACUGAACUUAGCACUUCACUUUGCCUUCGGUUUGGCGGCGGCUUUCUCCCCCAACGUGCUGAUAUUCGCCAUGCUACGCUUCCUGUGCGGAAUGGCGGCCGGAGGAGGGUACACGACCGCUUUCGUCCUCAUCAUGGAACUGAAUGGGCCAAAACAUCGCACAAAGCUAGGAAUCUGGGUGCAAGGAUUUUUCGGACUCGGAUUCACGACUCUGCCCGGCCUCGCCUACUUCAUCCGGAAUCACGUGACCUUGCAGAUCGUCAUCGCAAGUCCUUGCCUUCUCCUUCUGUCGUACUAUUGGUUAAUCCCCGAAUCCCCGCGAUGGCUGAUGACCCAAGGGAGAUAUGAGGAGGCGGAGCGUAUCGCGCGAAAGUUCGCGCGUCUCAACAGGCGUAGCGUCAGCAAGAAGAUCAAACUCACUGAAGGCACAAUGAUCUCGGACGAUAAUAAGAAGGACAAAGACAAAGACACCGCCAACAUUCUUGACCUUCUGCGGACGCCGAACAUAAGGAGGCAAACAUUCUGUGUAGUGUUCAUUUGGCUUGUAAACAGUCUGGUCUACUACGGCCUCUCAUUCAGCUCAGGCAGUUUCGGCGACAACAUCUACCUCAAUAUCUUUCUGGGGGGCCUGGUGGAACUCCCGGCCUACGUAGUCACCAUGCUCCUUCUCGAUCGAUUUGGUCGUCGGGUGAUUCUAAUUUCAUUCAUGGUCGCUGGCGGCGCUGCGUGUCUUGGGUGUAUGCCGCUGCUCCCGCAUAAAACUUCUCCGGUACUUUUGUCGAUCGCUAUGUUUGGGAAGUUCUGCAUCUCCGCAUCUUUUGCCAUCAUUUACCUCUGGACGGCUGAGAUCUAUCCCACAGUGGUCAGGACGGUGGGCGUCGGCAGCGGCUCAAUGGCGGCCAGGUUUGGAGGACUACUAGCGCCACAGGUGGCUCUGCUGGUUAAAGUGUGGGAGCCCCUGCCCACCCUCCUUUUCGGGAUUCUGUCUAUCAUGGCGGGACUUCUAGCCUUACUACUGCCAGAGACAUUAAAUAGACAACUGCCAGAGACACUGGAAGAAGGGGAGAAACUUGGAAGGAUUUCUUCCCUAAGUGAUACUUCGGAUAAGAUCAUGAUGAAGGCGUCGCCGCCUAGCAAAACUAGUCUAGACGAGGAGGAGGGGGAGAUGGUGCCGGAGAAUCGGAUCAUGGGCGAGCUUCCUUCAUAAUGAAAAAGCUUUAGACUGCAUAAUAUCCAUAACAAUAGUUGCUGUAUUAUGAUAAUACUCCAAAAAUGAUAGCUUUUGAUAGACGUAUUGGUCAGGAGGAGAAGCGCGCCGAGUAUGCCCGUAAAAAGAAAGCGUCACUGGGCAACAGUAGUCAAGACUUGUUACCUAGCAACAGCGAUCAAUCACUCAUGCAAGGAAGUAGACUGGGGAGGAGUUUCCUCUCAGAAAGAAUUAUUGUGCUUAUUGUAUGAUGGACCUGGUAGGGCUAGACUCAUAUGCGCAUGCGCUUUUCAACGACGAUUCUCGGAAUAUAGGGUGCACUCUAGUGGUAAGAUUCCAAUGCUUUAACCAGGUAAUUAGGCGACCUGAUCUUCAAACCGCAAAGUUGACCAUGAUAAUUACAUAGUUUGGGGGUCUAUAGUACUAGUUUAGGGAGUCAUAUUGGACCACUUUCUACUGGUGAAAAGACUUUUCGGACCCCUGAGACCACAUUAUUUUGGCUAUUGAAAAGAAACUUUAAAGUUAUUCAUUACCAGCUAUUGUGGGCCUAGCCAAUUAAGCCAAUUAGUGCACCUGCUUAAUUGGUCCUGGCAAGCCUAAUGGAAAAUGCAUAGGAAAUAUCAAUAAAGUUGGCUUUUUGGGCGGGGUGUUAAAAUAAUCCCAACUCCCGACUUCUGACACAAUUCUAUAUAUGUCUAGGUAUUUACUGGCAAAAUUUGGAGUGAUUUGGAUGGAAAUUCGAUGGGCUGAAAAUUUUGGUAAAUCUGUAUAUGCUUCACUCGCAGCCCGUAGUGUAAAUUCCUGAGAAAUUGGGUUUUGGGGGCUUUUCUAGCUGCGCUAGCUCCGAAACUAUACAUUUGAUACAAACUCCCGACUUCAGACGUGAUUGAUAUAACUCUUAGGAUUAUAUUCCCAAGAUUUCAGCUUUAUUGGAGAAAAAUUCAUAGUGCCCAUAGGGGGGCUGAAAAUUGGAGGAUUUUCAAUUUUUUUCCCAACAAAUAUAUGCGAAAAAUAUUACUUUCCACCUAGAAUUAAUCAAAAUUUCGCAAACGAUCAUAAAGUACUUCCUUGCGACAAUCAUUUGUGUAGCUUUCAAAACUUUUGGCUGAUUUAUUUGCCCCUUAAUUAGCAAAAACCAACAUUUUAGUGUUUGCAUGCAACAAUGCACAGGAGGCUAAUUGCCAAUGCCAGAUUAAUUCACACCUGUCCAAUCUCAAACAACAGGAAUGAUGGAGUCUCCCUCUAUUCAAAACAGAGUGUGCUAGGCCUGCCAUAGCUGGUAAUGUGCCUUUUAUACAAAAGGAAUUCAUAAUUCACAUCAUAUUGAUGUAUAUGACCAUUUGAAAACUUAUUAUUAUCAUUUGUAUGUAUUAAACCUAGCUGUUUUUCAGUAGAUACAGGCGUGAAGGCAAUAUAAUCACCUAUGCACAUGUUUCACACGUCCAGGUGUGUACAGUGAAUAUAUUAUCUACAUAAACAUCAUAAUAACAAUACAGCUGUAUAUCACAAGUUAAAAAUGUAGAUAUAUUUGUGUUAAAAUGAAAGGCCAA